CGUCGUCGAUCGUAGAGACCGUGGAGACAAUGUGUUUAGCUCGUAAUCAUGGCGGCUGUUACGUUUAAGGAUGUUAGCGAUUAUCUGUCGUUUAAACAGCGUAAGGAAUCUGAUAAGGAUGUAGUAGGGGAAUGGGCUCAGUUGGAAGAAUUAUAUAACAAGAAAUUAUGGCACCAGUUAACAUUGAAAUUGGAGAGGUUUGUGAAACAUGAGUCACUUCAGAAAGGGAAUAAUCUUCUUCAGUUGUAUAACAAUUUUAUUCAUGCGUUUGAGAAUAAAAUAAAUCCUCUGUCUCUAGUUGAGAUACUUGCACACAUUAUAGUGCAGUUUGAAGAUAAGAAAGAAGCCAUUCAGUUCUUGGAGAAGACAGAAGCAAAAGUGAAGGGCAGUAAUGAGGCUGUUGCAUUGUGCAAAGUUCUCAGUGGCCAGAUUCUAUUAGAACAGUUGGGAGACCAAGAAGGAACAAAGAGAGUGAUUGAAGAUGUAGAGAAAAUCCUGGAUGAUGCAGAUGGUAUAACAUCAGUGCAUGGCCGGUACUACCUCCUUGCCAGCCAGUUCUAUCGCUUACAAGGGAAGCAUGCAGACUAUUACCAUACAGCUCUAAGGUACUUGGGUUGUGUGGAACUGUCUGACUUGAAUCAAAGUGAACAGGAGCAACAUGCGUUCUUCCUUGGUCUUGCCGCUCUCCUUGGGGAAGGUGUAUAUAACCUUGGAGAACUGCUGGCUCAUCCAGUCCUGGAAAUGCUUAAGUCUACAGACAAGGCAUGGCUAGUAGAUCUCCUGUAUGCUUUUAACACUGGAGACAUUGUCCUGUUUGAGAAGAUGAAGCCCCAGUGGUCCAGUAUUGCUGACUUGGCAGCACAGGAGCUAAAACUGCGACAGAAAAUCUCUCUUCUUUGCCUGAUGGAAAUGACAUUCAAGCGACCUGCCACAGACCGACAGUUAACCUUUGAGGAGAUAUCUCGAGAAACACGUCUGCCUCUGAAUGAGGUUGAAUUGUUAGUGAUGAAAGCUCUAGCACAGGGGUUGGUACGUGGAGCUAUUGACCAAGUGGCCUGCAAUGUACACAUGACAUGGGUACAGCCCAGAGUGCUAGACAAACAACAGAUAUCUUCCAUGGUUCAGCGUCUGGAUUGCUGGUGCAAGGAUGUUAAUUCCAUGGAGCUGCUACUAGAAACUAAGGCUCAUGAGUUCCUGACUUUGUAAAGUAUUACCUGCAUAGGAGUGAAAGCAGUUUCAUAUUUAAUUCCCUUGAAUAUAUUUGUAAAACAUGUUUAUCAUCAUUGAUCAGGAUAAGAAUAUGUAUCUUUGCAUUAAAAUAUUAAAGUACUGCAUUAACA